AUGUCAGAAUUCCACCAAGGGGAUUACACCGUGGAAGUCAGCAUCAACGAUUACCUGGAUAUAUACUGCCCGCACUAUGAGAUCCCGUUUCCUGUGGACCAGAUGGAGAGAUACAUUUUGUACAUGGUCAACGAAGAGGGUCACAGCUCCUGCGACCAUCGGCAGAAUGGCUUCAAGCGCUGGGAGUGCAACCGGCCGGAUUCCCCCAAUGGUCCCCUGAAGUUCUCGGAGAAGUUCCAGCUCUUCACCCCAUUCUCCUUAGGCUUCGAAUUCAGGCCAGGACAGGAGUAUUACUACAUCUCGGCCACUCCACCUAAUCUGGUUGACAAGCCCUGCUUAAAGUUGAAGGUUUAUGUUCGACCAACAAAUGAUUCCCUCUACGAAUCUCCAGAACCAAUAUUCACCAGCAAUAAUUCCUGCUGCAGCUUCACGGUCCCGGAUGCCUUCUUCGUGGUGGUGCCGGUGUUUUGGACUAUCCUCGCAUCCUAG